GCCCACAGCCGACUUUGUUGAAAGAUCAUAUCGACAUCCAGCUCUCCAAACCAAACACAAUAUCCAUUCAAACAUAUCUUGUUUAAUUCAACCACUGAGCUGACAAAAGACGUGGGUCGUGCUGAAAAGGCGACAUACCUGGGUUAUGUUGCAACUAGCAGGCUGGACAAUACGGUGAAAGAAAGUCGAUACACACGCCUCGGGAGUUCUCAUAGUAUCAAGCAAACAAUCGGUCCGCCAGUGUAACGCACGAGGACGCGCCGGUUAGCUAGCUCAUCGCGUUACUCUAUACCCAAGCGAGGGCGGUUUAUUACAUCCAACACCAGUUGUUUGCAGCGUUAUCUUUCCGGCCUUGGAAUACUUUCAACACACCGUUAGAGGGACGUAGGCGUCGGCGAUACUUUUGACCGCACAAACCAGCGUACAGUGAUAAAGAUAGUAGAAAGGAUGGAGUCGGUUAUGAAGGGUGUGGGUUUUUUGAACGUGCUGGUCUUGUUACUGCUCAGGGAACCCGAUUUUUGCUCAGGUUUGACAGUGACUUUGUCUGGAGUGAAUCCCAAUGGUUACAUUAUGAACCAAGCCGCUGCGGCUCCGUCGGCUCAACUUGUAUGCAGUUACGACCUAGGCUCCGACACGCAGCCUGCAGAAUAUGUGACAUUUUACAAAGAUGGUGCCGACCCUGCUCAUCAAAUAGCAGUAGUUAAAGUAGCAGAUGGAGCUUCUGUAAAACAGAACAGUUACCAGGGUAGAUCCGAUGUCGAGGUUAAUGCCAAUGACCCACAAUAUACUCUCAGAAUAGCCUCGCUGCAGUAUUCCGACGAAGGAAAUUAUACCUGUAAAGUUGUCCUAAACUUCCAAGUGAAUACUGUGACAUCAUCGCCACAGAACCUUAUGGUGUAUGCUGAGCCACAACCUCCCCAAGUGUCCCAAAGUGAAGUGGCACCAAACAGAUUUCAAGUGGAGUGUCAGUCAACCGGGGGAAGACCAGCCCCGACGCUAACUUGGUAUGUAAGAGAUGCUGCCGGAUCAGAAGUCGAAGUUAACGCCGCUAACCCGCAAACCAACACAGAAAGCGGGGAUACGUUUAUCGCCAGUAGCACGCUGGAACGAAAUGCAACAAACGAGGAGCCAGUGACAGUCAUCUGUAGAGCGACACAUCCAGCUCUUAGUAGCCCUAUGAGUAGAGAACAACAGCUGCCCCCAACAAUUGUCUCCACUAGCACCACUUCCACACAGGCGCCAACUACGACAACCGGAUAUAUUUCAAGUUGUGAAAUAGUUCGACCAAGUAUUAUAGCACUUGCAGCAUUGGCGUUGAUGAAGAUUUUACUGUGAGGGGCUUUAAACAAACGGUUAAGGUCAUAUUGACAUAAUAGAUAACCAUUGAAAAUAGGAAUGGAUGAAUACUCUAAAGGAUAUCAGGACACCAGAUGUCACUACUUGCAAUUACGGCUUGUUGGAAUCUAAAACAAGCACUCUCUCAGUUUUUAUAUUCCAUGGAGUGCGAUGCAUUUGAGAUGAAGGGACAUUUUUUUUUCAUAGUGACUGCAUUGUCCGAUGUUGCUGUGAAUAGGAACCUAUCUUAGAUUUGUUGCUUUUUAUAACAAAGUUGAGAAAUGUCCUUGUAUUGCUUUGACUAAUGAACGGAUUGCCUUUUAAAGAUACUAGUUUUUAGAGAAAUUGUCAGCUUGCUUCCUUGUUCUUUUUGUUUAGAUAUUUUCGCUAGCUGUAUUAAGUGUAAAUAAAGAAUGAACCGUGUAUGCAAAGGAUAAAAUAUUAGCAUGAUUUUUUUUUUACCAAACGUUAAAUUGGUAUAUUUUCACGAAUGCUACUUUAUAUUUUUACCAAGGGUUUUAUUUAGAUGUAACAUUUGAAGGUAUAUUAUUUUGAUUAGGAAUAGAUAUAGCAAACAUGGAUGUGACAGUUUGAUGCACAUAUGAAAUAUAUAAUCAACAUGUGAAGAUGAAGGAUUUAAAAUUAAAUGUAA